UUCAUCUCUGGGGCAUUCAAAGAAAAGGCCAUGACAUUUCGCAAUUUUGGUCUCAAACUCAAAGCUCGUAGGUGACUCCUGCUGCUUGGUGUGACCCAAAACAAGAAACAAUCUCAAGAAAGCACGACAGGCACCACCUGGGUCCUGUUUGAUCAUAACUAUGGCUCGGUCCCUUGAGCCACUGGUGGUUGGGAAAGUGAUCGGAGAUGUUCUUGACAUGUACAAUCCGGUUGCUGAGUUCACUGUGCGUUAUGGAUCGAAACAAAUCGCUAAUGGCUGGGAAAUCAAGCCCUCUGUUGCUGCCGAAAUGCCCCAUGUGCAGAUCAUGGGUUCUCGUUUCUCCUCUGAUCUCUAUACCAUGGUUAUGGUUGAUCCUGAUGCCCCAAGUCCUAGUGAACCAAAAUGGAGAGAAUGGCUCCACUGGAUUGUCGUAGAUAUCCCAGAAGGAUCCGAUGCCACCAAAGGACAUGAAUUGGUGCCAUACAUGGGACCUCAGCCUCCCACCGGUAUUCACCGGUACGUGUUUGCUCUGUUCAAGCAGAAAGCUGCAUUGAUGGGAAGGAGUCGACCUCCAGGUGGGCGUGGCAACUUCAGCACCCGCCAAUUUGCUGCUCAACAUGGAUUUGGGCUUCCAGUUGCUGCUGUGUAUUUUAACUCGCAGAAGGAACCGGCUGUUAAAAAACGUUGACAUUCUGUUAAAAAUCUUUAGUGUCGUUUGUUACUAUAUGGAUGGGAUCGAGAUUACAUGUUGACGUGGCUUUGUGCUUGUAGUUCGCAAAAGUUAGGAAUUUUCAACAAAAAUUGCCUAA